AUGGGGAACUCAGGCAGCUCGAACAAGAUCUCUGCCCAGGACAAGGCGAUCCUGGACAUGAAGAACCAGCGCGAUAAGCUGCGCCAGUACCAGAAGCGCAUCACUGUGCUGACCGAUCGCGAGAAGGCGAUUGCGAAAGAAUGCCUAGCCAAGGGCGAUACAAAUAGAGCCAAGCUGGCGCUCAGACGGAAGAAGUACCAAGAAGGUCUGAUCCAGAAGACGGAUGCGCAACUAGCGCAGCUAGAGCAGCUCACGAGCGAUGUCGAAUUCGCGCUUGUGCAAAAGGAUGUGUUGUAUGGGUUGCAGCAAGGAACUGCAGUGCUGAAGGAGAUCCACAGAGAGAUGGGCGGCAUAGAGAAUGUGGAGAAGCUGCUGGGCGAAAAUGCCGAGGCGCGGGCAUACCAAGAGGAAAUCAGCGAGCUCCUUGCGAACAAGAUGUCCAACCAAGACGAAGACGAAGUCGAAGACGAGCUCGAGGCUCUCGAACAAGAAGUCAACGGCGACACGCUGCCCGAUGCACCCAUCAAACAACCCGAGUUCACGCCAGAGCAGAAAGCGCAGAUGGCAAGAGAACGGGCACAAAGAAGGGCUAGAGAGCGUGCUGCUGAGCAGGAGCAGGCGGCAGAACCCAUGUUGGCAUAG